CGCCCCACGCGGGGGUCGCAUGUGACGUUACUUCCGGGCGACGGCGCGGCCGCAGCGGCGCGGGAGCGGAGGGAGCCGCCGCCCAGCUCGUUCCCCUCGGGUUUUGCCUCCUUCUUCCGACAGCGAGGCUCCGCCAUCCGUCAUGGAUUAUCUCUCCAAACCUGGGCUCCUCAGCGUCAUCGCGGGUGUUGCCUGCGGCGUGUGCCUGGGCUGGGGCAUGCGCAGCAGGUUUGUGAGGCAGCCCAAAGCCAACAGCCUGGGGAGCGAAGCCGACGUCAUGGGCGAGUCCGGGGAGUUCAAGAUGGUGCUGGUUGUCCGCAACGAUCUGAAGAUGGGGAAGGGUAAAGUGGCAGCACAGUGUUCCCACGCCGCUGUUUCUGCCUACAAGCAAGUUCAAAGGAGAAAUCCUGAGCUCCUGAAGCAGUGGGAGUACUGCGGGCAGCCUAAAGUGGUCCUGAAGGCUCCCGAUGAAGAGACUCUGAUCCAGCUCCUGGCUGACGCCAAACAGCUGGGACUGACAGUGAGCUUGAUACAAGACGCGGGUCGUACCCAGAUAGCGCCCGGCUCCCGGACAGUCCUCGGCAUCGGACCAGGACCAGCUGAUGUGGUAGAUCAAGUUUCUGGUCACCUGAAACUCUACUAAACCAGGGACCAAGAAAUAUGAAUGCAUUGGUGCAUCCUAGCACUAAAGGGAUGAAACAACCCAAGUCCUAGGACUAUGUUCUCUCAGAAUAAAUAAAGAGACCUUUUUUUUGUAAAAGGUGUAGAUUUACCAGUUUAAUGCCAUUUCUCUGGCUUCUGUAUCACAUUUCAAAAUGGGAAAGAAAACAGUGGAGCUGAGGAAAGCAGAGGUGGCAGAAUUUCCCCACCCACAAGAGAAAGAACCCAGGACAUUUAAUAUGUGCAAUUGAUUGAUGAGUUUGCACUUUAGUCUGCUUUACUGGCUGAAGAGAAGCAUUUAAGUAAACUUGUUCUAUGUGUUAAAAGAGACAGGUUUCCCCUCUGCCUGCUGGAAAGGGUUUACUGAAGAAAGACAUUCUGUAAGUGAGAAAAGAUCAGUGCCGGGGCAGUUAAAAGUUGCCUCAUCCAGAUGGGCAGAGCCAUAGGCAACUUCCUGCACUGCCAGCUGAUGCAAUAGCGUGGUAUGAGACCAAACAGGCUU